UUAGAGGUGUGUUAAUGUUACAGGUGUGCAUUUUGUAUUUCUAAAUUACAUUAUAAUAUAAAAAUAUGGGGAAUGGAAAGAAGCUAUUUGUAACUAAGAUAAAAGAAACAACAAGAUUUGAAAAAAUUGUGAAGAGGAUUACUACAGACGUAUCUAUAUUAAAACUUUUAUUUAAAUUGGGUUUCGAUUUUCUACAGAUUCAGAUUGGCACUGGAUUAUUACAGGUAUCAAUCAGUGCCGAUUCAAAGCACGCUAUAUGUAAAAAAAAUAAUUCCACAACUGUAAAAUUUAGAGGUGGUCUAAAUUUGACAUUGAAAUAUAAUCAUUCCUUUGAAGAGUUUGAUGAGGAAAUUAAAAAGGCCGAUUUGGUAAUUAGCGAUGCAGAUCUUGGAUCUUGUGUAGCUGUAUUAAAGCGUAAUAAACCAUUACUCGUGGUUAUUACUCAGGAUAUGAUGGAUACUCGUAAGCUUCAAAAUGAACUGGCUGAGCAGUUGCAAAAAAAUGGGCAUUUAAAUUAUUGCACCGUUGAUAAUCUUGAAGAAGGUUUGACUACUGCUUUCAAAGCAUACUCAAAAGCAGAUAAGAAUUUGUUUGCCAAAUAUUUAGGUAAAUGUCUUGGUUUCUUCAAUAAAUAAAUGUAAUUUGAAACCAAACGUUUGUGUUUCAAUAAAAAUA